GCCCAAGCGCCUCUUAAAUUGGAUCCUCGUUUGCCGUGAAGGAGGUCAUAUGGACAUGGAACGGGAUUUCCGAUUUCGGCGAACAUUGCAGCUUGGUUCCGACGACGAGGACGUUGCAGGAGCAAGAUGAGCGAAAUCCAUGGGCCAGGAGGCCCUCUGCCCCCAAUUCCGGACAAUUUGACUGUCGUUCAAUUCAUGCUGGACCACCAUCAUACUUCUAGACCUCCUGUCAAACAGUCUAAUGCAUGGCUGAUUGAGGACGCCACGGAGAGGAGGAUAACGCUUGACGAGAUUCGGACCCGAGUGUAUGGUUUGGCAAACGCGCUGAGCUCGCUUUGGGGCAUUAAAGAGGAUGAUGUCGUCUGUAUAUUCAGCCCAAAUCACGUCGACUAUGCGAUUUCUGUCAGGGCUGUUCAUAGACUGGGAGCAACACUGACAACUUCCAACCCCGCUUUCACCGCUGACGAACUAGAAUACCAACUCACUAAGACCAAGGCUAAGGCUAUGAUCGUUCACCCGCUAAACCUCAAAGUAGCUCUCGAUGUCGCGCAAUCCACUGGAAUCCCGAACGACCGCAUUGUAGUCUUUGAUGAUCAGCAAGGCGACUUGACUGGUCCAUAUCCUAGAAUCAGCGAGCUCGUGGCGGACGGUCUAUCGAAACCUCCUGCAUUCGUCGAACGAAAACUGAAGCCGGGCGAGGGAAAGACAAAGUUGGCGUUCCUGAGCCUUUCGAGUGGAACCACGGGGCGGCCGAAAGCGGUUUGUAUACCGCACCAUUCACCGAUUGCGAAUGUCAUACAGAUGGCGCAUCUGGCCAAUCAGCAGAUCGCACCAUGGGAGAAGAGAGCGUAUCGCCCAGGAGACAUUGCCAUGGCCUUGCUGCCGUUCUAUCACAUCUAUGGGCUCGUGGUUAUCAUGCACUUUGCAAUAUUCUAUGGGAUGACAUUGGUGGUUAUCCCGAAGUUCAACUUCGUUGACAUGCUUAAGAGCAUCGAGCGCCAUCGAAUCAACUAUAUACCAGUUGUUCCUCCUAUAGUAGUCAUGCUCUGCAAGCAUCCUGCAGUCAAGGACCAUGACUUAAGCUCGCUGCGGACAAUGAAGAGCGGUUCAGCGCCUCUUACAGCGGAGGUUAUACGGCAGCUGAGUGUGAAACUGCCGCAUUUGAGUAUUGGUCAGUCCUACGGGAUGACCGAAACCUGCACCACCGUCACUUUUCCUCAGCUCGAGCAGAAGAUCGGUACUCCGGGCAGCGCGGGGAGGCUCCUUCCCGGGGUCAUAGCACGCGUGAUCGAUCCAGACGGGAACCUCCUUGGGUACGGCCAACCGGGACAGCUAGUUGUCUAUAGUCCGGCCAACUCCCUUGGAUACCUAAACAACGAGCAAGCGACCAAGGAGACCUUCGUCGAUGGGUGGAUAUAUACAGGGGACGAGGUGAUCAUUAAUGAGCAGGCAGACGUCUUCGUUGUCGAUCGUUUAAAGGAGCUCAUCAAGGUCAAGGGUUUCCAAGUGGCACCGGCGGAAUUGGAAGGGCAUCUGCUUGACCACCCGGACGUCUCCGACGUCUGUGUUGUCGGCAUUCCAGACGAAUACAGUGGCGAGGUUCCUUUGGCAUUUGUAGUGCCUAGUUCCCGGGCCGUGGAGCGAAUGGAGAAAGAUCAGGCUGAGAUAGCAAACAUCAAGGCAUCGUUGAAGACGCAUGUCGCAGCUGCGAAAGUGCACUACAAGCAUCUUGCGGGCGGUGUUGAGUUCAUCGAUGCGAUACCGAAGAACCCGAGCGGCAAGCUGCUCCGUCGGUUCCUGCGGGAUCGCGCGAAGAAGAUGCAAAUGGAGGGGAAACUGUCACCGGUGGUGAAGGCCAGGCUCUGACCGUGCUCUGAGCGCACAAUGGGUGAGAUUGAACCACGUGUCUGCCUGGUUCCCGGCACAAUGUAUGAUCUAGAACAGCAUGUCCCCAGUCAAUACAAUCACCUUCUGAGGUGGUAUCAGGCGCUGUGGGUCGGGGUUUCAUUCCAAACCGCUGGCUUCAUUGAGAUUGCGCGGGGAGCUCGGCUUUCGCAGACGCUCUGUCGACAUACGCGACAAGGAAAAGAUUGAUAAGAUUAAUUUCCGUUCAAAAUAUCCUACAUGGACGUUAAUAGCCAUCUCGCAGAGUUGUAGGUACUCAGGAAGGUCUCUGACUGCGG